GUCCUGUAUGACGGGCUGUGUCGCGUCUGCCUCACAAACAAGGCUGUCCUGGAGUCCAACGACGGCAAGGGGGUCCUCAGAUUCGUGAACAUAGCCGAGGACGACUAUGAGGCGGACGAGCACCGCGGCGUGGAGUACGAGGACGCCAUGAACGAGCUCCACGUCAUCCUGCCGGACGGCGCCGUGGUGCGCGGGACGGACGCCGUCUUUAGGGCGUACGAG